UGUCAGGCCACCUCCCGGUUCACUGACUGGUGCGGGGGCUGGCCCCGAGGAGGAGGUAACUCCGGAGAAGCGCAAGAGUGGGGAUAACCUAAGUGACCAGCCGUCAAGGAGAACGUCAGGAGUUUGUCAGGAGUUUGCUUACUAUGGCUGGAACGAAGACACUUUUGAUGUUGGAAAACUUCAUAGGUGGAAAAUGUUUACCCUGUAGCUCAUAUAUCGACUCUUAUGACCCGUGUACAGGGGAGGUGGGCUGCAGAGUGCCAGACAGUGGGAAAGAAGAGGUAGAGGCUGCGGUGGAGGCCGCCGGAGCCGCAUUCCCCGCCUGGGCAUCGCGCAGCCUGGAGGAGCGCUCGCAGGUGCUGCACCGGCUGGCAGACUUGCUGGAACAGUCCCUGGAGGAGCUGGCUCAGGCGGAAUCGAAGGACCAAGGGAAAACCAUAGCACUGGCGAGAGCCAUGGACAUCCCCCGGUCUGUGCAGAACCUCCGGUUCUUGGCGUCCUCCAUCCUCCACCACACGUCGUGCACCCAGAUGGACCACCUGGGCUGUCCGCACUAUACCGUGCGGACCCCCCUGGGGAUCGCUGGGCUGAUCAGCCCCUGGAACUUGCCACUCUACUUGCUGACCUGGAAGAUCGCUCCGGCGAUCGCUGCGGGCAACACGGUGAUAGCCAAGCCCAGCGAGCUGACUUCAGUGACCGCGUGGAUGAUGUGCAAACUCCUGGAGAAAGCAGGAAAUGGGGUGUGUGCCACAGGUGUGGUGAAUACUGUGUUUGGAACAAGGCCCGGGGUAGGCGAGGCCCUGGUGUCUCGCCCGGAGGUGCCCCUCAUCUCCUUCACCGGGAGUCAGCCCACCAGUGAGCGGAUCAUUCAGCUGAGUGCUCCCCACUGCAAGAAGCUCUCCCUGGAGCUGGGGGGCAAGAACCCCGCCAUCAUCUUUGAGGAUGCCAACCUGGGCGACUGUGUUCCCACCACCGUCAGGUCCAGCUUUGCCAACCAGGUCAGAAGUUACAUCGAGAGAGCUCCUGCCGAAGGGGCCCGUGUUCUGUGCAGUGAGGGAGUGGAUACACUGAGUCUCCCCCUGGGGAAUCGGGGAGGCUAUUUUAUGCUUCCCACCGUGAUAACAGACAUUAAGGAUGAGUCAUGCUGCAUGAAGGAAGAGAUAUUUGGUCCAGUGACGUGUGUUGUCCCCUUCGAGAGCGAAGAGGAAGUGAUUGGUGUAGCCAAAGUUAAAUAUGGGCUGGCGGCAACAGUGUGGUCAAGCAAUGUGGGGCGUGUCCAUCGGGCGGCUAAGAAGUUGCAGUCAGGCUUGGUCUGGACCAACUGCUGGCUCAUCAGAGAGCUGAACCUUCCCUUCAGGGGGAUGAAGAGUUCUGGAAUAGGUAGAGAGGGAGCCAAGGACUCUUACAACUUCUUCACUGAAAUCAAAACGGUCACCAUUAAACACUGACCUUGGCCAGUGGAGAAUUGUUAUGGUCAGUGCCUGGCUACAGACAAUCAGUGGUCCGAUGUGGCCAGUGGACAUACUGGCAUCAAUUCCAGCCAGGUCUCACCCCAGCAGGAGCUUCUCUCUACCUUAUCCUCAGUAGUUAGUAUUUUUACCUGCCGGUGAAGAGAUGUCUACUUUCAAGAGGAAGGCAAAGAAGAGAGCACUUCUGCAGGGGAAAACACGAAAAGGAAGCCAAACAAUUGUCAGGUUCCUCUUGUGUUGUGUCUUCACAGGGAUUUAAAAAAUCAUUCUGAUCAGAUUCUUGGAAAUUCACAGAUAAUAAGACUUUUCUUUUGCAUUUGCACAUGGAUGGUUAAAAAAAAUCUACAAAGCCAAAGAGAAACAAAUCACCAUAAUUUCCUACCUCUGGGAAGAUUGCCAAGGGUCUCUGUCCAUCAGCCAGCAGCAAGGCUAACUGUGAAUUGACUGUACUUCAUUAUGCAAUCAGACUGUGAAUGUCAAUGAUAAAUGCAGCAUGGAAUUUGUUAGAGGAGGCAUGGGUGGUAGCUCCCAAUUAAUAUGCCUAUAGAAGCACAAGGGAAAAUACCGUAACUAUUACUUUGGGAAGAAACUUAGAACAGGAAGAAUCUGACCCACACCUCCUGUGGAGUCUGAUCAGUUCCAGUUCUUAGUGUGUACCUAACGAGACCUACAACUUACUAAUCAAUCCUAUAGAGAGUGGUAAAUGUGAAGCAGUUUUAGUAACCAGUACGGCAUACCCUCUUUUUGAAUUGCCCUUUCUUCUUCCUCCUUUCCCUCAUCCUGUUAGAAGUAUGGACUUAUACUAAGUAAUAAAGAAAUUUCUAGUGCUUUUUUUUCUAGAUGCCCUGGCGAUCAGAGGAGACAGAGGUUUAUAGAGAUUAACUAGCAUCUUUGAGAUGACACAGAAGGGUGUGAGGCAGAGGGAGGUCUGAACCCAGGGCUCUGUCUCCAAGGCCGUGAUCUCUGGUCACGUCACACUUGCCUUGGACUGUGCUCCAGAGCAGCCAGGUGGGCGUGCGGAACACCUGAUGUUGGGGCUCCUCCCACUGUGCCUGUUCCCUCCUCUCUCCUGCUCUGCUCUGCUCUGCUCUGCUUGUCCACGCAACCCAGGGAUGCCUCCAGCACAGCCCUUUCCACACUGCCUGAAGUGGUCUGUUUGCACGUCUGACCCCCGAAAGGACCGGAGUCACCGAUACCCAAGGCAGGUGUUCAUCCACCCUGGAGUCUCAGUUCAUAACACAGUGCCUGACGCAUAAAAGAUGCUCAAAACAAGUUUCAGAAAUGGAAGCAGGUUUUCCUGGAACU